AUGCCGGUGGCACAAAUCCUCCAGUCAAUGGAUGCCACGGUGAUGGUGUGCCACUCGCGCACACCAGACAUGCAAUUGUUCCUCAAGCAAGCUGACAUCGUAGUCGCUGCAAUUGGCAAGCCAGAAUUCGUGCGUGGCGAUUGGCUGAAGCCAGGCUGUGUUGUCAUCGACGUCGGCAUCAAUGCAAUUGACGACGCCACGAAGAAGCUCGGGCAUCGUCUGGUCGGUGACGUGAACUACAAGGAAGCCCAAGGAGUCGCAUCGCAGAUUACUCCCGUGCCGGGUGGUGUAGGUCCAAUGACCAUCGCGAUGCUCAUGAAGAAUACCUUGAACUUGGCCCGUCACAGCGUCCACCUCGCCCGCAUUCCGCUACGACGGGGCGUGACUCCUCCACCGGCAGCACCCUCCUACGCGGCUAAGACAGAGGCGAAGGGCCCGUCCCUGGCGCUCCCGAAGGGUGAGGACCUGGCCGUGGUGGUCUCGUGCAAGGGCCAGAACAUCUGGGAGGCCGCUGUUGCCUCGCAGGCGUUGCGUGUGAAGGUGCAGGAGGUGACCAGCUCCAACUUGCCACCGGCUUUGCUGCUGGAGGGCGACAAGAACGGAGAUGCUGUCUCGUUGGUGUCCCUCACGCAGAACAACAAGGUGCUUUGCACUGUGAAGGGCAUUACCGAGGCUGUUGCCGCCUUGAGCAGCAAUGGCCCUGCAGCAUCUGCAUCCGCAGCACCUGUACAGGCUGUGAAACUCAAGGGUGAUGUCGCUCUCGUGGUUGGCUGCCACGGAAACGUUUGGGAGGCAGCAGUAUCUGCCGGCAAGCUCCGGCAGAAGAUGAAGGAUCUGUCUGGAAUGGAAGCUUUGCCCCCAGUUGUGAUGGAGUCCGGGCAAGCCGACGGUGUGUCGGUGAUUGCUCUCGGCAAGGACAUCAAGCACUCGACCGUGGUCUGCAAGGCCGCGGGUGUCAGUGAUGCCUUGACGGCAUUGGGCUGA